CUCGUCCGCUCUCCGUUCUUGAACCGGCCACGAACGAGCCCAACUUUUUGAAAAGCCAGAUCGGGACCCUGCUAGACAUUUUCCGAUUUUUCACUUCCAAUUGUGCAUGACGUCGUGGAACCACUCUUUGUUGACCAUGCUUUCGGUAAGUUCUGUUGUUUAAUCCCUUUUGUCAGUUCCUUUCCCUUCUCAUCUCAACUCUCCACUAACACCCAUCUCUUCCGACCAUGAAGCAAAAUACGGAAUAAUAUCUGUUAAUGUCUCAGCCUCGCUGCUAUGAUGUUCAGGCUGGUCAAUCAUGAUGACCCUCCUCUCCCCGCACUUCAAGCUCGAAGAGGUCUCCGAAGAUGACAUGGUCAUUGCAUCUCUGGCCUGGGGCUUCACUCUCGGCUUCGGGUGGCUCACAGUAUGGACGGCGAUCAAGCAGACCACCGCCAUGUACAGGCGGCAAGGCGAUCGUAUCUACCGGAACUCUUACAUCUGGAUGAUCUGGCUGGAGAUCCUCGUGUGUACCAUCUUCAGCAUUAUAUGUUGGCUGCAUCUCAAAGGCAUCAUACCGCCAAGCUUCGCGUUCUACUUUUGCAUCUUGACCACUUGGGCUCUCCAGGUUCAAUUUCUCCUCCAAAUCAUCAUUAAUCGAUGCGCCAUUCUUCUUACCAACCAGAAGCGGGCAUGGCGACUCAAAGUGGGCGUCGCCGUACUGAUUACCGCCAUCAACAUUUCCGUCUACAACAUUUGGGUGCCGGCUCGGUUACAGAUAUCAGAGAGAUAUAUCGAAAUCAACGAGUGGUGGGAUCGCUGCGAAAAGGUCAUUUACCUGAUCGUCGAUGGCGCGCUCAACAUUUAUUUCGUCCGCAUCGUACAGAAGAACUUGGUUACCCACGGCCUGACUAAGUACAAGCGACUGACGCAGUUCAACAUGUUCAUCAUCGGGUUUUCUUUGAGCAUGGACGUGCUUAUCAUUGCGAUGAUGAGCCUCAACAACACAUUUGUUUAUAUGCAAUUUCACCCCUUGGCAUACAUGGUCAAGCUCAAGAUCGAGAUGUCGAUGGCCGAGCUGAUUGGAAAGGUUGCUCGGAAACGCGAUCUCGGCAUUCUAUCUGCUGCCGACUUCAAUGGCAACAACCGAGACUCGUACCAGCCAUCCGAAUACAGCUUGCAGUUACCUACUUACGCGAGAGGCCGCCCCGUUGGCGGAAUCGAUGCUACGAUCAGCAGCCAGCCUCCGAAUCCCAUCGAACUCAACAACGUUACGAAGCCAAAGGUACCCGCACUGCGAGGUGUCAACGUCGCUGCCGUCAGCUCCGGGCCAAGCAGUAGGAGACCUUCGAUAGGUGCCGCGAACGCUACCGAUGCAGACGGACAGCCCAAGAUGGCGAUUUACAGAACGCGGGAGGUAGUCGUCGAAAUCGAAAGGGUCCCUCCUAAUCAAGGCCACCAACCGAGUACGAGCCAGGCGAGCCAGCUUACCCUCGACGACUCUUUCGAUAUCACCAACUUUGAGGACGAUUCAUCCAUCAAGGGUCUCUCGGCGGCUCAGAAAUCACUGGCAUUGCCAAACAUUCAAGCCCCUUGGGCUACGCAAGAAUUUAGCACAAAGAUAUGGGACGGCACGAAUUGCGACGAGGAUCCCACCCUGCCGACAACAAUCGCCAAGAUUGGAUCAUGGCCAAAGGACACCUGAAAGAGGGGUUACAAAUCAAGCGCACUACCCUAUCGAAACCAUACAGCCGAGGCACAUCGUCUGGCCAAGGUGGACCCCGACCACGCUCAGACCGAACCGAGCGGGUGAUGCGGCGGGCGAAGCUUGGAUGACGACUAAGGGACGCCACACAUCACCCAAUCGCUAGAUCUGUCGCUGAGUGGGAAACCCUAAAAAGAAAUCCGUUGAACGCCACCUCUCCUCCCCCCUUUGUACGCCACAUUCUCUCGUGCGGCUGUCUCAACCCUUUGAGUCUCGACGCUGUGGCGGAGGGAGGGGAUGGAGGAUUCGAUACGCCUGAGACUCCCCGUUCCUCGUAGGGCUCGAUGGCGUUCAGUUUCAGCACUGCGGUUUCAUAAACGCUGCUGCAGAGAACUAGAUCCGUAGAUCCGAUCUAGAGAGUCAUCAUCGUCGACUCGACGGGCUGAACUUUGUGGGAUGAACGGUUUAUUCGGGGACACCUAUCGGCGCACUGCCGAAUCUGUGCUCAACCCAGUCGACCCCAUUCCACUCCGACUUCUCCACGAAUAUAAUUAUCAACAUGUUACGAAAUCAAAAUUAGACGAAGGCGAGCAUGGCAGGCAAGACCUCGAGCUUGGUAUAACCAGUUGCCUCUGAAGUACUGCUUUCACCGGUUACGAGCGACGGAGUAAUUACUUUGAUCUUUGAUUUGGGCUGCAUACACUGACAAAAAAAGCCACGGUCACCGAGCAAGG